CGGGCAGGACUCCGGGCAGCGGCACACCGGGCAGGACUCCGGGCAGCGGCCCAUCGGGCUGCGGCACACCGGGCAGAGGCACACGGGGCAGAGGCACACCGGGCUGGACUCCGGGCAGAGGCACACCGGGCUGGACUCCGGGCAGAGGCACACCGGGCUGGACUCCGGGCAGAGGCACACCGGGCUGGACUCCGGGCAGAGGCACACCGGGCUGGACUCCGGGCAGAGGCACACCGGGCCAUGGACUCCGGGCAGAGGCACAUCGGGCUGGACUCCGGGCAGAGGCACAUCGGGCCACCAGGCGGAGCAGCAGGCAGCGGGGCCACCAGGCGGAGCAGCAGGCACCGGGCCCCCAGGCGAGGCGACAGGCACCGGGCCCCCAGGCGGAACGACAGGCACCGGGCCCCCAGGCGGGGCGACAGGCACCGGGCCCCCAGGCGGGGAGACAGGCACCGGGCCCCCAGGCGGGGCGACAGGCACCGAGUCACCAGGCACAACAGUGGGCUCCGAGUCAACUGGCAUGACCGCUGGCACUGGGUCAGACAUUGGAUCGUCUGGCUGGACAGCGGGCAUCGGGUCACCAGGCAUCAGGUCAUUUGGCUCGACAGCGGGCACCGCGUCAUCUGGCAAGGCAGUGGGCUCCGAGUCAACUGGCAUGACUGCGGGCACUGGGUCAGACAUUGGAUCGUCUGGCUGGACAGCGGGCAU